UCAUAUCAGAAGUUGGAGAUCCUCCACGGGGUGUCUAAAGCCAGAGCUGCCAUUUACAUUCACCAAUUCAUACGAAGUGUAAACCUUUGAUUAAAGAAUAUUAGAUUUCCAACUGAGAGGUCAAGAUUACAUCAUUUGAAGAGGAAAUUCUAUGAGGAAUGUAGAACCCCAAACGUAAUCGGAGCAGUAGAUGGAACCCUCAUCCCUAUUCAGGGUCCAUCACAGGAUGAGGCAGCUUAUGUCUGCAGAAAAGGGUUCCAUGCCCUUAAUGUUCAGGCAGUAGUCGAUGCUGAAAUGAGAUUCACAGAUGUUGUUUCAAGGUGGCCUGGUUCACAGCAUGAUGCGGCCAUUUUCAAUGCUUGUGGGUUAAAGACACAUUUAGAACAAAGUAAUAAUGGGUUGUUAUUAUGGGAUAGUGGUUACCCUCUAAGGAGGUACCUCUUGACCCCAAAGGUGAAUCCGACAACACCACAAGAGGAAGCCUUCAAUAAACACCAUAGCAGAGGCAGAAUGGUGGUAGAAAAAGCCUUUGGUAUACUGAAGUCACGUUUCAGAUGCCUACACAAAAGUGGUGGUGUUCUACCGUUUUCACUAGAAAAGAGCAGCCAAGUUGUGGUAGCAUGUAUGAGGCUACAUAACUUUUGUAAAACUAGAGGAGUACAAGAGCCUGUGGAGAUCAUCACACAGGAUGAUGAUGAUGAUGAUAAUAAUUUACCAAAUGGAGAUGACAGAAGUAAUAAUAACAUUAGACAGGAAUUAACCCAUUACUUCAUGAGCAUUUUGUGAAAAAUGGCUGUUUUCAUUGAAAAGUCUCCCGUUACAAGUUCAAAUUGCUAUAAUACUAUAAAAACUGCUUCAACACUAAUCAAACUUGGCACAAAUGUUGACUGGACCAUUGCCCUUGCAACAACAUGCUCAGACAUAAAUUUUCUGUUACCAUGGCAACGAGGGGACAUCUCAAAAUUGCCAAAAAUCACUAUUUUGCGUUGAUUUUUAUCCAUCAUAAUUGAUUUCAAAGUGCUGCAACUUCUCAAUGGAUUGAGAUAGAGUCAAAUGCUUUUCAGCGUUGGUUACACGUUACCUUAUGAUCAAUCUGGGGUCAUUUAUAGCCUCUCACAAGACCAAAAUUUUCUUGGCGAUGAGGGGGACUCCGCCCCCCUUCAAACCCCCCAAACAGAAGGGGGCACAUCCCCCUUCUGGCAACCCCCUGAUGUAUCUUUUGGUUGGGGGGCCGCGCCGAAAAAGUGGUCACUUUUUUUAACAACAUUUCUCAAACAAAAACAAGUGUAAGGGGCUUAAAGAAGGCAUUUUUUCACCAUUUGAGACAACAAAAAGAGGGGGGGGGGGUGAAAAAGGCGUUAAAAGGCGUGUAUAUGAAGUAAUGGGUUAACAGAAUAUGAUGAAAAUACUUGAAAUUGCCCUAAAUCGCGUUUUUCCAUGUUUAAACAUGGCCUGUCAUAUAAAUUUGAAGAAAAAUUGUUGUUUGGUAGAUUUUUUUUAUUUUUUUCAUUAAUUAAUUAAUUCUGAAAAAAUGUUUUUAAGACAUAGAAAUUAAAAUAUAAUUACUUGUUCUGGUCACUUGAAAUAUAACAUUUCACUCAAUUAAAACAAUUAAAUCUAUGUUUUGAUCUCAAUUAAGCACCCAUGUAUUAUUAAAAGAAUUACUUUGUAUUUCACAUAAACCAAAAUUAGCACAGUACAGUAGUUAACUUAUUGUCAGAGUCAAUGAUACCUUUGAUAAGAAAAAAUUAUAUUUGAAAUGAAUAAUAAACAUUAAAGGGGUUAGGUAGUAAUAUUAAAUAAUAUAAGUAAACUAUACAUGUGAAAGCUAUUCAGUUAAUAUGUUGAAUAUUAAUUUGUGAUUUCAUGAAAUACAUUAAUUCAUUGAAUCAUUGUGAAAA